GAGGAAAAACAGCGCAUGACUUUGCAGCACCAAAUGCCAUAAUGCAAGGAUCAAGAAUCUAAUCGAUAUCAGAUGCAGCCCUGCCGCAUUCAUGCAAAGCUUAUCUCGGGAUGCAUAGGCUUGAGCUUUUAAAAGCCUGUGCAUCCUCGCAUCCGUUCUCCUCUCUAAUGUCUUUGCGUCAUAUGGCAGAUUCUGAGCAAUCUGUGCGUCAUCCGCUGUGUUUCCCCCCCAGCAGCAUCAGUUUUCCAUCACAUCUCUGGGAAGCGCCGCCUCUCCUCGCUGUGCCCUCAAAUUUGACUUCUCGCUCGAUCAUGCCCUCAACGCGUUGCAUGCAUGCAUGCGGCGGGACGCGCGUGGUGAGGCAGGUGUCUGGCGCGUGAUGCGCAGCGGUGAGACAGACAGCAGCACUCAACAUGACCGAGCUGGUGAUGCGGACCCUUCCGUCUCCUUCAGCUGCGCAGGAUCCCGGCCCGGACGCUUAUAAAGGAUGGCUCUUUAAAUGGACCAACUACCUGAAGGGUUACCAGCGCCGGUGGUUUGUCCUGAGCAACGGCCUCCUGUCUUACUACAGGACUCAAGCAGAAAUGGCACACACCUGCCGAGGCACGAUUACCUUGGCGACGGUGCACAUAGAGGUGGGUGACACCUGUCACUUUGUGCUGACGAGUGGAGGGCGGAGCUACCACCUGAAGGCGUAUUCAGAGGGCGAGUGUCAGCGCUGGGUUUCUGCUCUGCAGCAGGCCAAAGCAAACGCCACUCAAAUGAUGCCACAUUCAGAUGACUCUGGUGACGAGGGUCCACUAGGCCAGCCGGAUCGUGCUCUGAUCCAGGGGGCGCUCAAGACUCUGGCCAGCAAGCUCGAAGACCUCAGCACCUGUAACGAGCUCAUCGGGAAACACGGCGCCGCCCUCCAGCGCUCCCUCAGUGAACUGGAGGACCUGCGCGCCCCCAGCGACGGCGUCGAUAAACUGAAGACCGUCAACGAGCGAGCCACUCUCUUCCGCAUCACUUCCAAUGCUAUGAUCAAUGCCUGCCAGGACUUUGUGGAUUUAGCGGAGGCACACAGCCGGCGGUGGCAGCGCGCACUGCAGUAUGAGCGGGAACAGCGCCACCACCUGGAGGAGACUAUCGAGCAGCUAGCCAAACAACACAACAGUCUGGAGAGAGCCUGGAGAGAAUCACCCAGCACACACAAUAAAGAGGCAGAGGGAACACCGGAGGGAGAAUCCAGUGAAGAGAAUGAAGACAUAGAGUUCUUUGAUGCCAUGGAAGAUUCUCCCGCCUUCAUCACAGUGCCUGCAGACGAUCACUCACAACACAGUAAUCAGAACGUGACCAGUGGAAGUUUAUCCAGUAAUUGGAGCCAGGAUGACAAUGAUGGUUCUGGUAGCUACUUGCGCAGGGGAAGACGCUGUCGUAUCCCAGAUAAGCCCAACUACUCCCUGAACCUGUGGAGCAUCAUGAAGAAUUGCAUUGGAAAGGAGCUCUCUAAGAUCCCCAUGCCUGUGAACUUCAACGAGCCGUUAUCGAUGCUGCAGCGUUUGACAGAAGAUCUUGAAUACAGCGAGCUCCUGGACCGGGCGGCACACUGUGACUCCUCUCUGGAGCAGAUGUGUCUGGUGGCCGCCUUCUCCGUCUCGUCUUAUUCAACCACCGUCCACCGCACAGGGAAACCCUUCAACCCCCUGCUGGGAGAGACCUACGAGCUGGACCGUGUGGAGGAGUAUGGAUACCGCUCCAUCUGUGAACAGAUAAGUCAUCACCCUCCGGCGGCUGCCCACCAUGUGAUAUCACAGCGAGGCUGGACCCUGUGGCAGGAGAUCACCAUCGACAGCAAAUUUCGUGGCAAAUACAUCUCUAUCAUGCCACUAGGCAACAUUCACCUGAAGUUCCACGCCAGUGGGAAUCAUUAUGUGUGGAGCAAGGUGACCUCCACUGUGCACAAUAUAAUUGUGGGCAAACUAUGGCUAGAUCAAUCUGGGGACAUUAUAAUCAUGAACCACAGGAACAAGGACAAAUGCCACCUCAAAUUCUCCCCAUACAGCUAUUUUUCCAGGGAUGUUCCCCGCAAGGUAACAGGCGUUGUGAUGGACGGCGAAGGCUGUGGCCACUACAUUCUCUCUGGAACGUGGGAUGGUAAAAUGGAAAGUGCAAAGAUCAUAGAGAGCAGCCACGGCUCUGGAGGAUCUGAGGGCAAACAGAAAACUGUCUAUCAGACUCUACCACCAAAACUACUGUGGAAGAAAUACCCUCUGCCUGAGAAUGCAGAGAACAUGCAUUACUUCUCUUCUUUGGCUUUGACUCUGAAUGAGCCGGAGGAUGGCGUUGCCCCUACUGACAGCCGCCUACGGCCCGACCAACGGCUGAUGGAGGCGGGCUUGUGGGACGAAGCGAACGCUGAGAAACAGUGUCUGGAGGAGCGUCAGAGACUGGAGAGGAGGAAGAGAGAGGCGCAGGCCAAUCUUGCUCUAGAAGAGGGUAAGGAGGCCGAGAGCCACCAGCCCUUGUGGUUUGAGAAAAGGACUGAUACAGAGACAGGUGAGAGCAGCUACGUGUAUAAAGGAGGCUACUGGGAAGCCAAAGACAGACAGGACUGGAGUCAGUGCCCUGCCAUCUUUUGAAGGCUCUCUUCCAUACCAGGACCAGCUUGCCAUUCCAAAUCAUCCUGUAUUAGGAAAGCAGCUUACCAAUGUUUCCCAGAUGUGGAAUAUGCAGAUUCCAAGGCACCCAUAUGUGUAUAUAUAUGUAUCUUAAUUUGAUGUGCAUUCAUGGAGGCAUUGAGACACCUGUAUUGUAGCAGGGAAAAUUCACAUUGCAUGGAAAACCGCUCUAAGCACAAUAGAUGGAGGCACUUUAUAAAUGUGACAGUGACAGACAAUGACCUGGGGAAUGUAACAACACUUCACCAGGGAAAAGAUUCUUCCGCAAAGCUGAUUUAUACCCUGGUUUUUAACUGUUUCAGGUCAACUGUAUGAUAUCCAUGAAUUAUCCACUAUUGUGUGAUUCAGAGCACAUGCUACUUUUGAAGUAUGAAGACCGAAUGCCCUCAAGACUGUGUUCCUGCAUUGAGCUGUAGUGUAGAUGAGGUGUUGUGUAGUUUCAAUAGUGCAAACAUGCUCCAUAAACAACCUAGAUAGAAUCCAGAUCAGUGAAUAGAUGUUGCUUCUACAAAAUAACACUUAUCAAGGCUUAGAUAUUUAAUGUGAGAAUUCAUUUUUAGCUGCCCGUUUAGUUAUUUAGCACAAGCGUAAUGUAAAUGUCAUUGUGUAGGUGAUGAAUUACGGCUCAAUAAAAAUUCUCCAUAUAGAGUCCUGGCUAAAUGUUUGCAAACAUGCUAAAAAAAAUCAAGCAUUUAUUUAUUUAAAUAGAUGAAUUAAUAAUACUUGCACGUUGUUCCAUUAUAUGACUCAUCUGCAUGCAGUGCAGAUUUUUUUGAAAUAAUUAUGCAAAUUAGGCAUGCACUUUAACAGAUAUGCUCAUAUAUUUGUUUAACACUCACAGGAAGGUACAGUAUCAGUUCACAUUUUAGGGUGUUUUGCAAACCUUUGGCCUUGACUAUUAUCAACAAUUAGCAUUUUGUGGUGGCAAUAAUUUCUAGUUUCCGGUAUUAGCUGCUAAAGCAUAUUUACACUACAUACUUCAUUCAUGCUGCAAGGAACAGUGGUCUAGAAUACUGACCGUAAACGGUAACCAUAAUGAGGAUGAAGCCAAACUUGUAUUUGGGCAUUAAAACAUUCAGAAUAUUAGCAGACCACUGGUAUGAGAGUAUACCAUGUCAGAACUAAAUACAUUGUGGACAGUGAAGAGGACUGACUGAUAUUUAUCAUCUGUGUUUGAGUUUUUCAACCAAAAGCAAGUUGUUUUCAGAGAUCUUGAGAUCAGAGCCACAAAAUGACACUUUCCGAUAUACACAGUGUUAACCAGACAUAUUGAUAACCUUAAAAAGCUGAUUAUUAUAACUAGGUAAAUUGUAUAAUUAUGAUGCCGAUAUGGCAUCACUGGAAGUUUCAGUGUUUCAAGAUGUUGCAUUCCAGGGACUCUACAUUUUUCAAAAGAUAAUGAUGUGAAUUUGUAGUCUUGGUUGUUAAAAUAAUCUGAAUGUAUCAUAUGUAAAAGAAGGAUAUUAACAAUAAUUAUAUGUGCAAUAUUUCAAGGGUUAUCAAUGGUUGGUUGAGGUCUGUUGGUUUGUUUUGUAGCAUUUCAGUUCUUAUCAUGGCCAACAUACUUGUCUUGGAAUGACGGGAUCAUAAUUUCUCACUUAAAGCAACUCUAUGCAGUUUUUUUUACCUUGAAAUAUCAGUUUCAAAAUAAUUCGGAGUCAACUUUCAAUAGUUCUAAUAAGGCAAAUGGCUUCUGUUUCUUUCCCUUGAGUAUGUCAUUUUGGUGCGAAAAUUUCGGCAAAAAGCUUUAGGGCACCAACAACUGUGUGUGUACAGCUAUACAAUCACUGUAAUUAUG